AUGACAACAGAUCAAAAAGAGUAUGUAUGCCUCACGGCAGAAAAACAUGGCAAGAAACAUAUAUAUGAGAAAUUGCCAGCAUAUUCUUCGGGGUUAUAUCGUAUAAACAUACGACCCGGGAAAUCAAUAUGUAUUCCCAGCCUUAGGGGAGAGAAAGUGGACCCACAUAAGAAAGAAAUUGAACUCAUUUGGAAUGCAACACAACUGUUGAUGUUAGACCCACGAACAAAUAUGUGUGAACAAGAAGUUAAGAAAAUUGUUCAUUUACAAAGUGUUGCAAAUCAAUUGCCUGAUGCAUUUGUAGACACAAAGAAGGUGACAAAAUCACAUAUACCAGCAGAAAAUGCCCCUGCACGUAUUGAAAUCCCAACUGGUAAUAAGGCCAUAGAAAAUGAAUCUUAG